AUGAACUCCAUUCAACUGAUCGCAGCCGUGUUUGUGCUGGGCCUGGUACAUCUGGCCAGUGGACAGGUUGUCUCGACUGGACAGUGCCAAGACUAUCCGGUGCACGUUAACUUCGAUGUGGCUCGGUAUCUUGGUCUGUGGUACGAAAUUCGCCGCUACGAGCAGGUGUUCCAGCGCGGUGGCGAAUGCGUUACGGCCGAGUACUCGCUGAACGAUGACGGCAGUGUGCGUGUCUUCAACUCGAUGCUGGUCCCACCAUCCCAGGCCCGUUCGUCCGAUACCGGCCGUGCUGUGGUCGCUUUCCCUGAUGAGUCUCCGCUGGAGGCUAAGCUGAACGUUACCUUCGAUGCUGGUGCGGUCGAUGUUUCGGCCAACUACUGGGUGCUCGGUACGGAUUACGACAACUAUGCCGUCGUUUGGGGUUGCUUCGGAGUGGCCGAAACUCUGCGUGCCGAGAGUGCCUGGGUCUUGUCCCGUACUCCGCAGCUGUCUGCUCAGGCUGCAGUUGAGGUUCAGCGAUAUGUCGAUGAGUUCCUGAACGAGUCGGACCUGCGCCCUACCAUUCAAGAUGCAGAGUUCGACAGCACACGAUCACCGAUCAGUCUUGCGCUUGGUAUUACCGUGGAAGGUUUGUGUUUGCGGGGAAAAACAAUGUUUGCGCGUUUCGUUGCGAUCGUAGCGAUUGGAUGUGUGGCCAGUGUUGCUGGGCUGCUGUCGGAUGAGGCCUGUCCGCAGGAUGUGACGGCGCUGAAAGAUUUCUCGCUAAACGAUUACGUUGGCCGUUGGUACGAAAUUAAGCGCUACGAGCAGUUCUACGAGAAGGAUCUGGACUGUGUGGUGGCCGAGUAUCAGAAGACGGGUGAUGCCAGUAUCUCGGUGAAGAAUGGUGCUUUUAGUUUGGCGAAUAAUACACGGGUGGUCGCCGAAGGUACGGCGGUGGUAUCCUUCCCAGAUGAUGCGACACGUCCGGCCAAGCUUAGUGUAGCUUUCUUCGGUGCUAAGCCUGAACGCAGUAACUACUGGGUGCUGGAUACCGACUACACCUCGUUCGCCGUCGUAUGGUCUUGUGAGCCGUUCUUCAAAGAUCCGUCCAAGAAUGUCCUGGGAUUCUGGAUUUUCUCUCGCAACCCAACCUUCCCAACCGACGAGGCUGUGGUGAAGCGUGUCGAUGAUCUGGUCAAGAAGUAUGCCGACGCGUCCAAGUUCGAGGUACCCAACCAGUCCGACGAACGAUGCCCACGAUCGUACCUUUCGACCGAGAAGUACGACAUCGCAUCGAUACCCGUCGGACAGGCACGAUCGAAUACGAUGCCGGCGGAUGCCGUGCCGAACAGGCACGCCAUACCCACCAAUACUGCAACACUAACAAACUGCAUGUUGGUGUGCUUUGCGCUCCUGGCCGCGCUGGUCCAGGGUACGAUCUUCGAACGCCCUUGUCGUACGGAUGUGUCGGUACUGCAAAACUUCCAGGUGGAUCAAUAUCUGGGACUGUGGUACGAUCUCGAGCACUACGAGGCAAGCUUCGAGCAAAACACGAAUUGCGUAACGGCCGAGUACAGCCGCAAUGAGGACGGUUCGAUCCGGGUGUUCAAUUCCGCCGUCCGGCUAACGGAUGGGCUGCUGUACGCGGUUGACGGUUUGGCGCUGGUGAGCUACCCGGAAGCGGAGAUACUGGAGGCUAAGCUGAACGUCUCGUUCUACGGAGCACCGAAUGAUGAAUCAAACUAUUGGGUGUUGGAUACGGAUUACGAAAAUUACUCGCUUGUGUGGAGCUGUGAACCGAUCGGCGAGGAACGAUCGCUUGAAUACUAUUGGCUACUGUCCCGCACACCAUCCCUUCCGGAGGAUGAGGAGCUGAGGGAAAAAAUCCACUCGCUCAAGGAGCAGAACGGAAUCGUCGAUGAUGAGCUCAUCAUUACGGAACAUUUUGCUGAAGGUAAAGUGUUGUACAUGUUUGCCCUAUCGGUGCUCGUGCAUAGGAUAGACGUGGAGGGUUUCCUGGUUAGGGAUGGAAACUGCACACUGGCAACAGUAAACAUGCCCUUCGUGAAAGACUUUCAAGUUGAGAAGUACCUGGGACAAUGGUACGAAUUGGAACGUUACGAACAGGACUACGAGCGAAAUAUGGAGUGCGUUACGAUCGUGUACCGUCGACCACAGCCAACCGACCGGACGAUGGAGGUGAACUAUCGCGGCUAUCUGCCUUAUAAUGACACCAUCAACACCUUCAGCGGAACCGGUGUGUUUAGUGAAGAGCCAGUGCAGGAGAAUAGUAAUACCACCACCAGCAGCACUACGGCAGUGGCAAAGCUGAUUGCUUCCUUCGGUAAAGUCUACAACGCCACCAACUACUGGAUAGUGGACACGGAUUACGUCAACUACGCGAUCGUAUACUCCUGCGCGGAGGUCCUCGAUGCGGGCCAGGUAGUUGAGGGCUACUGGUUGCUGUCUCGCGUACCCAAUUUACAAAACGAACCCAAAGUGAUCGAGCGCGUCACCUACUUCCGAGAGAAGUUCUUCGACCUGACGCAUAUGCGUGUCACCAACCAUACGGAGGAACUGUGUAAGCGUGUCAGUUGGCCGAACGUUGUCGUAGCGAUAAGUUGGCUCUUGUUGGGGAAAUUGGUGCGAUUCAUCAUGCCGUUGAUUGUCGAUGUUCGAGGAUUAUUUCUGGUGGUGAUAGUAGCAAUCGGUUCGAUUGCAGUGGGUCAGCGGAUCGUCAAUCAACCCUGCCCAGAUCCGGCUAGUCGACCGAUCGUACAGUAUUUCGAUCUGCAAAGAUAUGUAGACGGUAGGUGGUACGAGAUCUCACGGUACGAUCAACACUUUGAGAAAGAUUGUGACUGUGGGUAUGCCACGUACACCCCGCAGCCUGAUGGGUCCGUGCGGGUGCAGAACUGUUGCGAGCGGCUACCCAACACAACGGUUAAAUGCAGCAUCGGUAAGGCGGUGGUUAGCUUUCCAGAAGAGUUCCCGCUGGAAGGAAAGUUUAAUGUUACCUUUGGAGGACCACCGAAGACUUCCAACUACUGGAUCCUGGACACGGACUACGACAACUAUGCGCUGAUAUACUACUGCAAGAACCUGUCGGAGAGUAAGUCGGCUGAAGCGGCCUGGGUACUAUCAAAGCAGCGCACGAUCAACCCAUCGGUUCAGGAUACUGUCAACAAGCUGGUGGAUAAGUACUUUGUCCGACAGGAUAUGCGUGUCACGGAGCAAGGACAAGUCAAGUGCCAAUAUCCAGACACUAACGACGUUUAGUGAUUCGUA